AAUAAACCAGCGCUCCACCUCCUCUCCUCACUGGACUCAUCCGAGUCCGACCAAAUUCCACAGCCAUGGCUUUCCUCUUCCCCCCUUUCCUCUCUGUCCUCCUCCUCCUUUUCUCUACCUCCAUAGCCGCUGACAUUCCCAUCUUCCACACCAAAGCUCCACCCCCUCCCGCCUCCUCCUCCCUCUUCGACUCCGUCCUUGCCGCCGCCCACACCGACCACGCCCGCCUCGCCUUCCUCUCCCAGAAGACCACCUCUGUCCCCAUUGCCUCCGGCCAGCAGCUCCUCCAGUCCAACUCCUACGUCCUCCGCGCCCAACUCGGCUCCCCCGGCCAGCUCCUCCUCCUCGUCCUCGACACCGGCUCCGACGCAGCCUGGGUCCCCUGCUCCCCUUGCUCCUCCUGCCCCUCCUCCAAUCUCUUCCUCUCCUCCAACUCCACCACCUACUGCUCCCUCUCUUGCUCGUCCUCUUGGUGCCCCAUGUUCCAAGGCCAAAGCUGCGCUGCCUCCCCAUCCCCAUGCACGUAUAACUCCGGCUACGGUGGUGACUCCACCUUCAGUGCGACCCUUUCUCAAGACUCCCUCCGUCUAGCUCUCGACGUCAUCCCCAAUUAUACCUUCGGCUGCGUCAACGCCGUUACCGGCAGUGCAAACAGCUUGCCUAAACAAGGCCUCUUGGGCCUGGGUGGUGGGCCCAUGUCGUUGCUCUCCCAGGCCGGUUCGUUAUAUAAGGGGGUCUUCUCCUACUGUCUUCCAAGCUUCAAAUCCUACUACUUUUCCGGUUCUCUCCGGCUCGGUCCGGUCGGGCAGCCAAGGAGCAUCCGAACCACCCCGCUGCUCCACAACCCGCACCGGCCGUCCCUGUACUACGUGAACCUCACCGGGAUCAGCGUGGGCCGGGUCCUUCUCGCGGUCCCGCCUGGCUCCUUCCGGUUCGACCCGGCCACGGGGGCCGGCACAGUGGUCGACUCGGGGACCGUCAUAACUCGGUUCGUGUCGCCGAUCUACGCGGCGCUGACGGACCAGUUCAAGAGGCAAGUCAACGCGCCGGGCGGGUACUCGGCGCUGGGCGCGUUCGAUACGUGCUUCAGUACGGACGAGGUGUCGAGGACGCCGCCGGUGACGCUUCACUUCGAGGGGCUGGAUCUGGUGCUCCCCGUGGAAAACACUUUGAUACACAGCAGCGCCCGGCCGCUAGCGUGCCUCGCCAUGGCGGAGGCGCCGGGGAAUGUGAACUCGGUGGUGAACGUCAUCGCCAGCCUCCAGCAGCAGAACACGAGGGUGAUGAUCGAUUUGGCGAAUGGGAGGGUGGGGUUUGCACGGGAGGUGUGCAACUGAGGGAGCAGGGAAUCCCAUGUUAUUUGUAUUCUCUAUUUGUUUUUGGUCUUUUGUUUCAAGUGGGGAGGCGUGAUAAGGAUUCUGGCCUGAGGAGUCACGGGUUGGUGUCGUUGUCUUUUUUUGUGUCGUUGUUUGGGGUUGCAGUAGAGAUGAGGUGUCAGGUGUGAGAGACACGGGGUAAGGCCUGUGUCCGUUUUACCGUGAGAGCAGCAGUAAGAAAGCUCAUCAUCCUAUAUGUGCAAUAAUUUAUCUUUACUUCGUCCCAUCUUUUACUUUA